UGUUCAUCGUGAAGAAUAGUCUCACCUUUUUAUUGGUUUUAUAUUCUUGAAAUACUUCAUUAACUCAAACUGGUGGGAAACGGUAAAAAUGAUUGUUGAAGAUUUGGUAGUAAGUCAAGAAAUAUUCCUACUUUUAGAGCCUCUAAUUAGAACAUCGAGGAUUUUUGGAAUCUUUCCUGUUGUUUUGAAAAGAAACGGAAAUAGAUUAAUUCUGCAUUGGUCAUAUCUAUUUGGAAUAUACAGUUAUAUAUUAUCUAUAACACUUGCGAUAACAACUGUUACAGGCAUUGUAAAAGACAUAGAGAAAGAUCCAUCAGAAUCUUUAAAAAUGAAAGACAAAAAAACUAGAUUCGUUGCCUGUUGCGAUAUAACCAUUGUUACAUUAGUGGUAAUUUAUGGUGUUGUGUCGCUUCCAUUGAGAAUGAAGAAGUUUUGGAGUUUAAUAAUCUGCUUAAAUCAGGCAAAUGAAAUAAUACCUCUGGAGAAUUUGGUGAAAUUAUUGAAAUCAUCGCGAUAUAUUUUGGGAAUGGUACUAACUGUAGCUCUUGGUAUUCUCGGAGGCGAUUUGAUUUUAUGGCUCAUCCACUCACAGAAAAUUGGAAUUAAUCCUGUCGUUUAUAUCGAAUAUUACCUACCUUUCUAUUUAAACUAUAUGGUGGUUAUUAUGCAUGGCUUGUUUUAUUGGCACUUGAUAUUCUUCAUAAAAAUUAGAAUAUCGUUACUGAACAAAAGCCUUAUAGCUAUGAAAAAAUCUAUGUGUAUGAACUGUUCUUUUAAUUCACGAGACAUGAUAUCUGAAAUGAAUGCUGGUGAGUUUGUGAGGCUGUACCAACACCCUUCCAGGAUACACAUUCAAAAACUAGAAGCUCUGAUGAAAUUAGAAGGAAAAAUUAUGGAAUCAGUAGAUAUCGUAAAUGGUUCAAUGGAAUUUGGUUUACCCAAAAAGAAAAGUGGGAAAGCUCAUUACAGCAUAUUCUACGAAAAAUCUUACAUGAUCAACUAUUGUUUGAAAGCAGAAAAAGGGAUUUAG